AGUGCACUUGCGCAUGCGCUUUGCAGAUUGUUCGCCGCACACGUCUCCACGGACGGGACUGUUGCAGAGCCUUGUCAUUCUGACCCGGGGAUCCCUGGAUUCCUCCCUCAGAGCCUCUGGCAGAAAUGUCUAAUGCAAAAGAAAGAAAACAUGCUAAGAAAAUGAGGAACCAGCCCACUAAUGUGACUUUAUCUUCUGGCUUUGUGGCCGAUAGGGGCACAAAGUACCAUAAUGGAGGUGGAAGACCUUUCCAAGCUCAAAAACAAGAGCCUUUCCCUGGAACUUCACGACAGCGGCAAACCAAAAUGACCCACCACUCCCCCGUGGAUCCUGAUGUGAAGGAGCAGUCUUCCUCCAAAAUCAUGUUUAAAAAGAAAGGAGGUUGGAAAGCAGGUCCGGAGGGCAUGUCUCAGGAAAUUCCCAAGUAUAUAACUGCUUCUACUUUUGCUCAAGCCCGAGCUGCGGAAAUCAGUGCUAUGUUGAAAGCAGUGACCCAGAAGUCUUCUAAUUCGCUAGUUUUCCAGACCCUGCCCCGCCACAUGAGACGGAGAGCCAUGAGCCACAAUGUCAAGCGCCUUCCCAGGCGGUUGCGGGAGAUUGCCCAGAAAGAGGCCGAGAAAGCAGUACAUCAGAAAAAAGAACAUUCAAAGAAUAAAUGCCAUAAAGCUCGAAGAUGCCACAAAAACCGGGUGCUAGAAUUCAACCGUAGACAAAAGAAGAACAUAUGGUUGGAGACUCACAUCUGGCAUGCCAAGCGGUUUCACAUGGUCAAGAAGUGGGGCUACUGUCUGGGAGAGAGGCCGACAGUGAAGAGCCACAGAGCCUGCUACCGAGCCAUGACAAACCGGUGCCUCCUUCAGGAUUUAUCCUACUACUGUUGUUUGGAGUUGAAGGGCAAAGAGGAAGAAAUCCUGAAGGCUCUUUCUCCGAUGUGUAGCACAGAUGCAGGACUAACUUUCGCGGCAGUUCACUGCCUGUCUGGGAAGCGCCAAGGUAGUGUCCUGCUCUAUCGGGCAAACAGAUACCCUCAAGAGAUGCUGGGGCCUGUCACAUUUAUUUGGAAGUCUGAGAGAACCCCCAGUCACACUUCUGAGAGCAGGCAGUUGUGGAUCUGGCUUCAUCCAACGCUUAAACAGGAUAUUUUAGAGGAACUUAAAGCAGCGUGCCAGUGUGUGGAACCCAUCAAACCCACCGUCUGCACCCCCAGCCCUCUGCCGACAAUAUCCGAAGAAAAAAGCCAAACCGAACUGCCUGACAAGAAAAUUGGCAAGAAAAGAAAACGGAAAGAUGAUGGAGAAAAUGCUAAACCCGUUAAAAAAAUCAUCGGUGACGGAACUAGAGACCCACACCAGCCGUCUUCUUGGAUCUCCGCAGCCACAGGCAUUAUAAUCAGUGAUUUGACGAUGGAGAUGAACAGGCUCCGGUUGAUCGGUCCGCUUUCCCACUCCAUCCUGACCGAGGCGCUGAAGGCUGCUUCUGUCCAGACCAUGAGAGUAAAUGUGACUGUGGUGCUUUAUUCCACUCAUGUUCUUCUUAGCAAAUUUGAGGGAGAAGACACAGAGAAGACACCUCACCACUGGUGGACUGAAACCUGUAAGAAUCCUGAUAGCGUUUCCCUUCAUCACAGACAAGAAGCCAUUUUUGAGUUGUUGGGAGGAAUAACAUCACCAGCAGAAAUUCCAGCCGGUACUAUUUUGGGACUGACUGUUGGGGAUCCUCGAAUAAAUUUGCCUCCAAAGAGGUCCAAAGUUUUGCCCAAUCCAGAAAAAUGCCAAGAUAAUGAGAAAGUUAGACAGCUGCUUCUGGAGGGUGUGCCUGUGGACUGUGCGCAUAGCUUUAUUUGGAACCAAGCUAUCUGUAAGAAUGUCACAGAGAAUAAAAUCUCGGAUCAGGAUUUAAACCGGAGAAGAAGUGAAUUGCUGGUGCCCGGGUCACAGCUUGUUCUAGGUCCCCAGGAAUCCAAGAUACCUAUACUUUUGAUUCAGCAACCAGGGAAGGUGACCGGUGAUGACCGACGAGGCUGGGGAAGUGGCUGGGACAUCCUGCUCCCCAAAGGCUGGGGCAUGGCUUUCUGGAUUCCAUUUAUCUAUCGAGGGGCAAGAGUUGGCGGGUUAAAAGAGUCCAUGAUGCAUUCGCAGUACAAAAGGUCACCGGACAUCCCCGGAGAUUUCCCAGACUGCCCCUCGGGGGUUGUGUUUGCUGAGGAGCAAGCCAAGAACCUCCUCGAAAAGUACAAAAGGCGCCCUCCUGCAAAACGGCCCAACUAUGUGAAGCUUGGCACCCUGGCUCCUUUCUGCUGUCCCUGGGAGCAGUUAGCUCAGGAGUGGGAGUCAAGAGUCCUGGCCCAAGAGGAAUCCUCUGUGGCCACCUCUCCAAGUGGUGAGGACGGUGACUCGAGGAGAGACAAGUUGCCUUGCGAUCCCACACCUGAAAACACGGAUCUGCGGUCUGACGAAGGGGGCACAUCUCCGAGCAGCUGCAGUGAGCCCCGAGAAGUCAUGGACACAGAGUGCCCAGCCCGGGUGGGGACCGAGUGGGUAGCAGGCCAGGAUGCCACUAGCAGUCUCCUCUGCGUUCUGCGGAGUAGGAAAUGGCUGAAGCAGCUGUCGACCUGGUGUGGGCCCGGCUCCGGGGACAGGCGGGCAGCCCGGCGGGCUCCGGGCAGCGGGCAGCCAGCACCGACCAGAGUGGCCUGCCUGCCCCUCCUGGAGCGCUUCCCCAGGGCGCUGGUGUGGGUCAGCCUGGCCCUGCUGAGGAAGGGCAGCCCCGAGCAGCACUCCAUGAUCUGUGUCCCCGCCGAGGAGGACUUCCUCCGGCUCCGUCAGGAUCAGCUGUACUGUGGGCCCCAGGAAUCCAAGCACAGUGACCCCUUCAAGAGCGAGAUCCGGAAGCAGAAAGAGAGGAAGAAAGUGGAGAAGAGGCAGAACAAACAGGCGCCCGCUGAGCCUGAGGGUCUGGCCAGGGGCCCCCCUGUAGCCGGACACCGAGCUCUGACCCUGGGCCUGUGGUCAGGCCCCCUCCCGGGGGUGACUUCUCACUGCUCCAGAGUUCUCCUCGGCUUUGUCACGCAGGGAGACUUCUCCAUGGCCGUCGGCGGCGGAGAAGCCCUGGGGUUUGUUAGCUUGACGGGCUUGCUGGAUAUGCUGUCCACCCAGCCGGCAGCCGAGAGGGGGCUCGUGUUGCUGAGGGCGCCCGCCUCCCCGCAGUAUCGGUUUGCGAGAAUUGCCGUGGAGGUGUGAGCGCCCGUGGACACCCCGCAGCAGAGACGGGCUAACUGCUUGUUUGUCAAGUCCCCCCGUUGGAGAGGUUUGUUUUUGCCAUCCUCUGCUUGGAAAUAUCACACGAAAUUCCUUGGAAGUGAGAAUAAAGAUAAGGCAUUAUGCAGACGAAGGGCUACUGACAUCAUUCCGGUAAUCUCAUGGUAAUCUCCUGGAUUGCUUCCAUCUUUCCUCGUCCUUGCUGUAACACUUGAAGAGUAUUGCGCAUGGGUAGCCAACAGCUUUUGUAUUGAUUUCUUGGUCUGUGUCAUUCUUGCUGAAAAUCAUUAGAUGCCCUUGUAUGUUUUCUUAUUCCUUUUUUAUUAGGAACAAAGGACUGUCAAGUGUAUUUGAAAAGCCCUGUAGACACGAGAUAAGCAACAGUGGUUGUUUAAUGGUGUGAUUGUUAGAGGCGAGGGAAAGGCUAUAAACACUUGGCCUCUGUGCAUGACAUAGGGUUCCCUCAUCUGGACCACGUUCGAGUCCGUCCUGGAAUCAGCGUGUGCCUAACACCUGACACCAUGCGGAAGGAAACCGUGGAAAAUUACUGCUUGUUUUCAGGCAGGCUCGGUGUAUGGCAGAGGGGUUGGGGUGGACUCAGAAUGGGGCUCUGGUCUUUAGGACCCAUUGUGCCCUUUGCUGUUGACCAACAAAUACAUGAUCCUAGAAGUUACUUGGUUCUUCUGUGCUUUUUUUUUCUACAAAAAAUUUUUCAAAGCCAGGGAGGCUGGUUUCUCAAAAUAUGUUCUAUGAAGUGUGUUAUCUAAAAAAAAAAAAAAAAAAAAAGAUUCUAACUUCAUUGAUUUGGGAAACUAUGGGUUAAAGGAAGCUAAGCAUUUCUUUUUAAGGGAUUUCUAGAACCUUCCAUGUGAUAAUAUGCAUUGUGCCUCUCCAGGAAGCAGAUAACAGCCUACAGUAUUUUCUAAAUCUUUUUGAUUCCCAAACUCCUUUUGCAAGGAGCACUCUGUAGGACCAGUGUUUUUAGGGACACGCUUUGGGGAACGUGGCCGUACCAUGUAGUACUUACCUCUCUGACAGGUGAUGAUUAAAAGACGGCCUCUUUUAGACACUCAUGCAGUCACUAUGUCCACCUGACAAAGGAGCAGGGUGUCAAAGAGGUCUUGUCCUGUCCCACACAGGAGUGCCGUCAUAGCUUUUAUCACUUGCGGAGAAACUGGGUGCUCAUUCACAUUUUGUUACCCUGUGCGUCUCACACCCUCAGACUCUUGUCAUCCCGCCCCCCAUUUCUAGCAGAGCCUGAGUGGGGUUUGUUUUUUAAUUUAAAUGUACGUUAGGCGUUAUUUCAUGUAAAUGUAUUGGGUUUUGCAGUAGCAGUCGUUAGAAAUGUCUCUGGGGGAGAUGGGCUGCAGGGAGAGACAGCAGGUGUUCCAGUGGCUACUGAGCUGUCCCAUGUGUCUCCCUCUCACCAUGCCUCUGGAUGUAUUUGUGUCCAACCCAAAUGAGACUGCAAAAAUAAAUAAAUAAAUAAAUAAAUAAAUAAAAAGAAAGAAAAA